CACAAGAGCAGUGCUUCCCUGGUUGUGCCAGCAAUGUGCCCCAUUUCCUGGUACACUCGCCGCUGAGGGAGAAUUUUCCUUUUUAUAAGGAGAAGAUUUGGGUGGAGAAUUAUCCAGAGCAAAAGGACUCCCAUCUGUGAAGAUAGACAAGAAGAAGGGAGGCAAAUUCCAGCCUUUUAAGAAGUUGUUUGGCAAAAGGAAAAAGAAAGAUCCUUUGCUGUCCCGGGAGAAGUCAGUGGGGAAGAAGUAUUCUGCUCCACAGAGUGCCAGCAAUGGGACCUUCUCUUCAGAUGAGGAGACCCCAGAAGACAGUCUAAGGUCCUUCAACUAUUCUAUGGGAACUCGGGCGCUUUCCCAUGACAGUAUUUUUAUCCCUGAUGGGGGAGCAGAAAGUGAGCAGACAGUUCAAGCAAUGUCACAGGACAACAUCCUGGGCAAAGUCAAAACUCUUCAGCGACAGCUGGGCAAGAAUAUCAAGUUUGGGCAGAGGCCACUCAAUGCCAUUCCCAUGAAGAAGGCAGGCAGUGGAGACAUUAGCUCAGAAGAGGACUUGUUCCUGACCAGUCCCAUGGAAAUUGUGACCCAACAGGACAUCAUCCUGUCAGACACUGAGAACAAAUCCAGUGAUACGCCAAGUUCUCCCAGUCCUCUGAAUCUGCCCAGAGCCGAAAGUGAGAUGGAAGAGAAGACUGCUCCAGUUAAACCGUCUCGGCCAAAAAGGCACCUGUCUUCUGCUAGCACCAUUGAAAGUGUCAACCUUGAUGCCAUUCCCCUGGCCAUUGCCCGCCUGGACAACAGUGCUGCCAAGCACAAACUGUCAGUUAAGCCAAAAAACCAGAGGGUGUCAAAGAAGCACAGGCGACUUGCCCGGGAUGGACCCUACGAACCAGGGCUGGAGAGUCAGCCCUCCCUGGACCAGAACGGGUACCCAGGAGAGAACAAGCACAUUUGGCAUGAAAAGGAACCAGAGCCGCUGGAUGCCGAGGAAGAGAAAAGACACCAAGAAGACUACUGGCGGGAACUGGAGGCCAAAUGCAAACGGCAGAAGGCCGAAGCAGCCGAGAAGAGACGUCAAGAAGAGCAGAGGCUGCAGGCACUGGAGAGAAGGCUGUGGGAGGAAAACAGAAGGCAGGAGCUCUUGGAAGAGGAGGGUGAGGAAGAGGAGGAGGAGCAACUACUGCUGGAGGCUGGAAAGGGGUCUCAGGAAGAAGGGCAGCAGAGGGGCCUGGAAGAGCAGGGCUGCCGCGGACAGCAGCUGAGAGCGCCAGAGGACCAAAGGCCUCUGCAGGAGGAGGCCGAGAGGCAGCAGCAGGAAGAGAAAAGGAAGUUGGCGGAACUCAGAAGACUGGAGGCACAGCGGCUGGCAGAGGAGGAGGAGGAGGCCCAGAGGCUGCAGGAGGAGGCCCAGAGGCUGGAGGAAGAGGUCCAGAGGCUGCAGGAGGAGGCCCAGAGGCUGGAGGAGCUGAGGCAGCAGGAGGAGCUGGAGGCGCAGAGAAAACGUGAGCAAGAGGAAGAGGAGCAGCUGGAGGAGCUCAGACGACAGCAGCAGGAGGAGGCCCAGCCAGGAGAGGAGCUGGAACAGUGCGAACAGGCGACCACUGUGCAGGGGCAGCCAGGCGCAGCGGCGGAGGGGCCCGGGGCAGGACCCGGGCUGUGGGAAGAAGGUGGGCAGCCACCAGAAGAGGACAGCUGGGGUCUGCAGAGCCCAUCUCAGAAUGACUCAGCAGGGAAGCCAGAAGAGCAAGAAAAUGUGGAACCCAGCAGGCAAGGAGAGUACCCGGAAGAACUGCAGAGCCAGGAGGCGGGGCUGGCUGGGGAGCAGCAGGGCACGAGGGGAGGCUGGCACAGGGAAGAGCGACACGUUCUCGAGGACAGAGAAGCAACUCACGAGGACCUCCCCCAGCCUCAAGAGCCGCCUGCGGGAGAAAAGCUAAAGAGUGAUGCAGCUGUCCCUGAGAAGGACAGGAAGGUGGAGGAACUGCGGUGGCAGGAGGUGGAGGAGAGGCAGACCAUGCCACGGCCCUACACAUUCCAGGUGUCCUCGGGAGGGCGCCAGAUCCUCUUUCCCAAGGUCAACCUGAGCCCCGUCAGGCCUGCUGUGCAGGAGCCCAAGGCACCACGUGCGCUAAGCGUCCCGCACACCGCCAUCCUGGUCACGGGGGCACAACUGUGCGGUCCAGCUGUCAACCUGCACCAGAUCAAGGACACGGCAUGCAUGUCACUGCUGGGCCUGUCAGAGGAGAAGAGGCCAGUGGAUGUCCCUGCCACCGCAGAACCCUGCGCAAGCAGCGCCAAGACCAGGCCCCCACAGGAACCACCUGGCAGCGCGGCCGCCUUGGCCGAGUGGGCGUCGAUCCGGUCUCGGAUCCUGAAAAACGCGGAGAGUGACAAGGAACAGUCAAGGCCGGGGGAUGAACCGGUGCCCAGGGCGCGCACCAACUCCCGCGGGCACCUGCGCAGGACGCCGCCCGCCAACGCCAAGUUCUCCAUCAUGCCAGCCUGGCAGAAAUUCUCUGACGCCGGCACAGAGAAUCCCAGACAGAGCCCGGAGGCCGACAGCAUCCGCAAGAGACCCUCACCAGGGCCAAGUGAGGAGACAGCACUCAGGCCGCCGCCUACCGCACCUCCCGAGCCUCUGCGGACCCAGGAGAAGACCGAGGUGCGUCCAGAGCCCGCAGAUGCCACGGAGGGCUGCAAAUUUGCCAAAGAUCUUCCAUCUUUCCUCGUCCCGAGCCUUCCGUCGCCUCUGCCGAAAGCAGGGGCCCAUGCUGAGCCCACAGCCUCGUGGGAUGGGGAGAGCACAGGUGACAUAGCCAAGCCAGACCCAGUGACACAGGCCGGGGAGGAAAAAUCUUCCCCUUUUGGAAUAAAACUGAGAAGGACCAACUACUCCCUGCGUUUCCACUGUGACCAGCAGGCCGAACAGAAGAAGAAGAAGAGACACAGCAGCACGGGAGACAGCGUGGAUGCACCCGGGGAAAGAGAAGCAGAAGGCAUGGCCCCCAAGCCAGGCCCUGCGCUCACCCAGGACAGAAAGCAGAUCCCAGCCCCCCGCAGGGACUCUACUGCAAGCCUUGUUGGCCCUUACCCUGCAGCAGCCCAGUCCGGCUCCCCACCGGCCAGCAGCCAGGCCCCAGCUGCAGAGCAGGACAAGACAACAAGCAGAACAGCCCUGGUGCAGAAGCCAGCCUUGGCGCCCAAGCCUGCUGGCCACACCCCACCAUCCUCUCCUCUCACCAAGCUCAGCCGUCCCUAUUUGGUAGAGCUACUGGCUCGGAGGGCUGGAAAGUCUGACUCAGAGCCCAGCCAACCACCCAAGGAGAACCAGGAGAGCAAGGAUCCCCAGCCUCUCACACCACCACCCCCAGAUGAAAGGAAGGGACCAAAGAGGGAACAGGAGGAGGAGGUUCGGGAGAGGAAACCUGCUUCCCCACCUCUGACUGCCACCCAGCUGGAGAGACUUUCCCAGACUCCAGAGGCUACCAGAAAAGAGAAGCCAGUGCUUCAAAGCAGGCACUCUCUGGAUGGCUCCAAACUUUCGGAGAAAGUGGAAACCGCCCAGCCACUGUGGAUAACGUUAGCGCUGCAGAAGCAGAGGGGCUUUCGUGAGCAGCAAGCCACCCGUGAGGAAAGGAAGCAGGCCCGUGAGGCCAAGCAGGCAGAGAAGCUCUCCAAAGAGAAUGCCAGCAGCAGCACACAGCCUGGCAGCAGAACAGGUUCGCUGCACAAGUCCACCGCUCAGCCAGAGGAAAAGCCAGAGACGGCCGUGUCCCAGCUUGAGCGCCGAGAACAGCUGAAAAAGGCCAACACACUCCCGACGUCUGUGACAGUGGAAAUAUCAGAUUCGGCACCCCCAGCACCACUGGUGAAAGAAGUCCCGAAAAGAUUCUCCACCCCGGAUGCUGCCCCUGUGUCUACAGAACCAGCCUGGCUGGCUUUGGCCAAAAGAAAAGCGAAGGCCUGGAGCGACUGUCCACAGAUUAUUAAGUAGAGUGACUCAUCCACUCCUAUUGCCAGUUCUUGGCUCCUCUCUUGCCCUUUUUAUUUAUUUAUUUUUUAUAUGAAUUAAAGAAAGCAAGCUAGGAAAAAGAAGCAUGUUUUAUAGGCGCUCAAGUAAUGUUUAGAAACUGAACCGUGGUGGUCAUUGUAAAGAGUGUAUUUGCACAACCCUAGGUCCUGGUGCCUUGAGCUCCCCUAGUUCUCAAGAGACAGUUCUGUCUGAGGGACCAUGUGAAAUCCGGUCUGCAAACUGAGCUCCUCCAGAGUCUGCUGCACCCAUGCCCUGAUCCCUCCACUGCACAGAGGCACAUCUACAGGCCAUUCAGAACACACACUUUUGCCAAUCUUUGUGAAGGUAUUUGUUUCUCCUGGUUUCUUCUUUCAAAAGCAUUUGCCUUACACGUUUGGGUAUGUCUACCCUUCCUACAGUAAAGUUAAAGAGUUAUAUACAGAGAAAACAAGAAGGCCAUCUCCUGAAUGCAGGAAGUCACUGGGAACCUCAAGGAGGAGUCUGGCUCCCAGCUCUGUGCCUCUGUCUGCUUUUUACAAACUGCCCACCCCAAAGCUGGGACACAGAAGCAAAUCCAUGCACACUUCCACCACACUGGAUGCAGUGCGAUCAGCACACUGUGAGGCCCAUGACACUAGUACCCUCUUUAAGGACAUGUGAAACGCUUGGCCCAACUGGCUCCCAGGGGACAUUUUUCUUUAAUAUGGUACAAAAAGAAAAUUUUGCAUCAGAGUUCUAAGAGCUCUCUCUGUCUCUCCAUGGAGUGCAGUGGCUCUUCAGAUGUCUGGGCUGUGCCCCAGGCCUACUGAUCCGAGGCUGGGAGGGCAGGGGCAGGACAGCACAUGCUGGCAGAUACUCUUCAGGUGCUUUCUGCCUUGACCUGAAGGUUGAACGCUUUGGACACACUGAUUCUGGGUAAUCUGGUUUUUCAGACUUGGAGGGGAGUCUCAUUCAAAGAAGCAAAAGGUCAGGAAAAAAAAAAAAAAAAAAGCAUGCAAACCAGCCAUUAUUACAAGAUAUAACAGGCUAUUGACACUGUAUGUCUCUGAAAAUUCCCUUGGGUCUUUAAAGAACAUUAAAGGGAACCCAAGAUCAACAGCCUUUGUACUAAGGAGUUCGUACAGAAAGGUUUUUUUACUCUAAUUGAGUAAUUCAUAUUUAGAGUCAAAUGUUCAGUAGCAUUUAUAAUUUAGAGCAUUCACCUUGCUACCUUUAAAAAAAAAAUCUCAGAGUUUUAAGUGGCCUUGUUAUCAUGCACAUGUACAUUCAAAGAAGGGACUUGGCGGUUUCAAAGCCACACUUACUUUUAUUUCCCUAAAUUUGCGCUCCAUGAAACAUACCAGCAAAUACCCUACAUACUGCUGGCACUAACUUCACAUGUCAUGGUUCCCUUUUCCUCGAUUCUUACUCCCAAAUAAAAUCUUUGCCUGGUACAGGGUGAAUUACAUCCUUUUCUUCCCUUACAAAAACAUUUUAUAGUAUUUAUCAUUUCUUUACGCUUACUCAGUAUGCAGUGUGAUGUUAUGCUGUCAUUUCCAUAAAGAAUGACAGAAAAGUUAUUUACCGUAUUUCUAGAAGCAGUGGUGCAGCGUCACUGUAGCAGCUGGCAUGUGUGGUCAAGUGAAUAGUUGUACUCUUGCAAGUUGGACUUAAUGUUAUAUAUACUGGACCUUCAGACUGUUAAGAAUCAAUGUAAUAUUUUCAUUGCUAUUGGAAGCAAUUAAUAUUCCACUGCACGUUUUUCCAUACUGAUGUUCAUUUCUAAAUCUUAUAAGUAGGCAUUUGUUAGUUCAAUGACUUCCUCACUAAUAUAACACUUUUUAAUGGCAAUCUUUUCACCUACAGUCCUGGAACUAUAGUACUCCCAUGAUCCUUCCAAACUGACUUUUUCUUUCAUCUGAUCUGUUUUAGACAAUACCACAGUAGUAGCAGGGAACAGGUAAGGAAAUAAGAUCAUUAAAGAAUGGUACAUGAGUCAGCUGGCUCGGACACUACCUAGCCCAAACUAACAGGACAGGCCUCAGUUAAAAGUGUUCUUGCAGCCAGGCACAGUGCCACAGGCCUGUAAUCCCAGCUUUUCUGGAGGCUGAGGCAGGAGAAUAAGUUUA